AUGAAGUGCUGGAACGCAGCCCUGGUUCCACAGACCUUUGGGAAAAAGGAAGGGAAGGAAAACCUGAAGCCGUGGAAGCCCCGGAUUGAAGCGAAGCCGGGGCCCUUGAACAAGGAUAAGGGAGAGAAGGAAGAGAGACCAAGGCAACAAGACCCGCAGAGGAAGGCUCUCCUCCACAUAUUUUCCGGCAAACCUCCAGAGAAGCCGCUGCCAAAUCGAAAAGGAUCCACGGAAUCUUCGGAUUAUCUGAGGGUUGCAAGCGGGCCAAUGCCGGUCCACGCAACCAGUAAGAGGCCGCGCGUGGACCCUGUCCUCACCGAUCGCUCAGCUACCCAAAUGUCUGACAGGGGCUCCGCCUUGGCUUCACUGUCUCCCCUCAGAAAAGCCAGUCGGAGCUCCUCCUCAAGUCUUGGAGCAAAGGAAAGACAGACAGGGGCUGCGGCCGACAUCCCUCAGCCUGCAGUGAGGCACCAGGGCCCCGAGCCUCUCCUCGUGGUGAAGCCGACACACAGCAGCCCUGAGGGUGGCUGCCGAGAAGUUCCCCAGGCCGCCUCCAAAACCCACGGCCUGCUCCAGGCCAUCAGCCCCCAGGCACAAGACCAGCUUCCUGCGGUGACCUCACAGCCCUGCCCACCAGCCCCCACACAGGGCUUGGGCCUCGGCUCCAAUCUCAGCUUCAGGCCAGGAGCCAAGAGACCUGCGCAGGCUCCGAUUCAGGCUUGCCCGAACUUCCCCAAGAAACCGAGACUGGGUCGCUUCCAGAUCCCCGAAAACGCCACCCAGGGAGUUGAGCUGGGGGCCCCGGAGAAUCUGCAACCUCCGCCAGCCGCAACGGAACUUGGACCAAGUAGGUCGCCCCAGAUGGGCAGGAGGACACCCGCCCAGGUGCCCAGCGUCGACCGGCAGCCACCGCACAGCAGACCUUGCCUGCCUACCGCCCAGGCCUGCAGCAUGUCCCAUCACCCAGCGGCCAGCUAUGAUCCGGCCCAGCCUCUCAGAGUGCUCUUCCGGAGACUGGAAAACGGAUGCUGGAGCUCCAGCCUCCUGACAGCCCCCUCAUUUCACUCUCCUGAGAAGCCGGGAGCCUUCCUCGCUCAGAGCCCUCGUGUCUCAGAGAAGUCCGAGGGUCCCUGUGUUCGUGUCCCACCGAGCGUCCUCUAUGAGGACCUUCGGGUUUCCUCCUCCUCAGAGGACAGCGAUUCUGACCUGGAGUGAGACUGCAGGUGGCAGGGGCUCCUUGGCCUCCAGCUCCCGUGACUUGGAGGGGACUGUGGGACUGAGGAGCGGUAGAGCACGGAGCAGACUCUGUGCGGUGACUCCGAAGCUCCCCGGCUGCGGCGCCUCUGUGGAUGUGGGAGCCCAGGCCAGGCAGGGAGCAGAUGCGGGGACUCUGCCUCCUUGAAUUCUGGUGAGGGACAUUGUAGUUCGCAUGGGUAUCCGGAAACGCGCCAGGA